GUUAUUUGUCUUCUUCUAUUCCCAGUUAUGGAAUGUCAGACUAUUCCCGCAUGUCAGACACGGAGCGUGAUCAGAUUGACCAGGACGCCCAGAUUUUUAUGCGAACCUGCUCUGAUGCCAUCCACCAGCUGAAGACCGAAGCAAUCAAGAAUUUGAUUUCUCUCCAAGUUAAGGAGCAUCGAGAAGGUGUUUUAGACCUGUUAGAAGUUUACCUUAAAAAUGUUUGUAAAGUGUACUCCGAACAAAGGGCAAUUCGAGUCAAACGUGUGGUGGAUAAGAAAAGAUUGUCAAGACUUGAGCGCGAACAGCAUAGCGGCAAGAUGUUCAUUUCACCUUCAGAGGGGAUUCCUCCUGCUGGGCCUGAAAAUUCAGAGGAAUUAGUCUUAAAAGAUGAAAGCAAUGGAAAAAGAUUUCCAGAAACACAGGAUAAUUUGGAUAUUUGGGAUGAUGCAAAGGAUGACGAGCUUUCACCUGAAGAAAUACAAGUGUUUGAGCAAGAAAACCAGCGCCUUGUCAGUGAGAUGAAUAGCCUGGUGGAUGAAGUGAGACAAAUCGAAGGAAAAGUUGUUGAAAUCUCCAGACUUCAGGAAAUUUUUACUGACAAAGUGCUGCAACAGGAAAAAGAGAUAGACAACAUUCAUGAACUAGUUGUGGGUACAACUGAAAAUGUUAAGGAAGGGAAUGAAGACAUUAGAGAGGCAAUCAAAAAUAAUGCUGGAUUUCGAGUCUGGAUCCUCUUUUUCUUGGUGAUGUGUUCAUUCUCUCUGCUUUUCUUGGACUGGUAUGACAGUUAGCAAACGGUGAUAGCCAAGGGAUUUAUUUUGCUGCAUUUAUUACAACCUGACAGGAUUUAUUGAAGUUCAAAACGUAUAUCUUGUUGACUGAAUAUCUAAAAUCUGUGCUUGCACUAGAGUGCAGCACAAUUUUGCAAUAUUAUUUAAUGUAACUUGUUUGUAAAUUGAGUAUUUAGUAACAAACGUUAGUGAUCCAUUUAAAGAUAAAUUCUGCUACCAAUACUUGGUUUUUGGAGACACAUGGAUGGAGUAUGUUUUUAUGUAAAAUAAUGUUGAUUUAUAAUUCGAAAAGCCUUGAAAGAAACCAGUGAACAAAAGCAACUUCAAGCAAUGCUUGCUCGCAUGGUACUUUCACUGUAGCAUUUCUAGUGCCAGAGCUGAAGUGAACGGCAUGUUUUGCCAAGAUUAAAUAAAUACAAUUUUGGUUUCUUCAAUAUGUAUUUGUCUUUAAAAUAAUAAAAGUGAUGUGAAAUUGCAAAAA